CACGCUUUAAAUCAGCUAAAGUUGGUGAAGACGUGACUUUGGACUGUUUCUAUGACGAUGAUUCUACAGUGAUGCUAUACUGGUUCAAACAGAUUCUUGGACAGAAACCAAAGAUCAUGUCUAAGGUCUAUAAGCACGACGGCGGUGAUGAAAAGGACAAACUGACUGGUGAAUUCAGGAAUGAUACGCGCUUUAAACUGGAAAUUACCACAGGUAAAAAUCAUUUGAAGAUCUCAGAAGUGCAAAUUUCAGACUCAGCUACUUACUUCUGCAUAACAGGCUUUUUAUACACGUAUGAGUUCAAGGAGAGCAUCACUCUCAGUGUGAAAGGUUCAGGGUCUAACAUCCAAGCUGUGGUGCAUCAGUCUGAGAGCAUCCAGCCAGGAGGCUCUAUGACUCUCAGCUGUACAGUUCACACUGGGACCUGUGAUGGAGAACACAGUGUUUACUGGUUGAUGAACUCUGAAGAACCUCAGCCAGGACUCAUUUACACCCACGGAGACAGGAACGAUCAGUGUGAGAGGAAACCCGACACACAGACACACACCUGUGUCUACAACUUGUCAAUGGAGAGACUGAACCGUUCUCAUGCUGGGACCUACUACUGUGCUGUCGCUGCAUGUGGACACAUUGUGUUUGGAGACGGGACCAAAUUGGACUCUGAAGAUGUGGUGGACUAUCUUCCCUUGGUGUAUUUCCUGAGCGGAGCUCUGGCGUUCACAACAAUCCUGGUUGUUUCUCUGGCUUACACAGCACAAAGAGCGCUCAAGACAAACUGCUGCCAGGGCUCAGAAUCUCAAGCAGCGGCAGCAGCUCUGAAUGUGGAGGGUCAUCAAGAUGAAGACGACCCACAUUAUGCUGCUUUAAUGGAGCACAGCUUCAGCAGAGCAAGAAGACAAACAGACGGUGACGGGACUGAAUGCGUGUACACCAGUGUAAAGCAGUAGAUCUGAACAUCUUACACUUCCAUUUAUGAUGAAUGUAAAG